AUGAAUGAGCAACAACGGGAACGAACCAAUACGGUUUACUACGAUGCACACACUAAUUUGUAGGUAUUCCGGAGAUUUUCUGCAAAGACAGCGAUGAAAAGCGACUGAAAAAAUAAACAAAGAGUAUCGGAUUUCGGCCGCACAACGUGAAUGCAUUCGGAAUUUCAUUCCAACCAUUUGAAUUCGGAAAAUGUUCUAAAAAUCUGACUUGUUCGUUGAAGCUAUUCAGAAACCAGAAAGGUUUUGAUCGAUUUUGUAUGUUUAACUUCAGAAACACACGAUUGUUGAUCUAUUGUUCACAUUUUCCGCAUAAAAAACGAACAAUUCAUUUUUGCAGCGGAACACCUCCGAUCGAAAGCGGCGGCGACUACAAAAUGGCUCAUCGGAGGGCGUCCGGAGCAGAAAGGGAACGGCCGGAAGACGUGCUCUACGAGAGAGUUCAUACCGUACGUUUUUAUGCGAAACAUUCACUUUUUCCCAGUAUUUCUGCGAAAAAGACAAAAUUUUCUGAAUGUCUUAACAACAGCCCGUUUUCCAAGUAAAAUUACAGCAAAAACAGAGUGAAAUCGCGUUUUUAAGCUUGAAUAAGUGUCGGUGGCCUAGGUUUCUCUAGAGCUCGGCCACGGCCGCCUAAACUCUGCCAUUUCCGAUUUCAGCUGAAAAUUUGCCUUUUUUCGAAGAGAAAAGUGUAUUUUUAAUGGUUAGGUAUGUUUUUAUUAAGAUAGUGAAAAAUCCUACCGGUUUUUAAAAAUGUUUGACGAAUAAAGCAAGUUUUUGGGUAAAAAUGCCUGAAUUUACAGGAACGUCGUCAGCACCACUCCUCCUCCUCCUCCUCGGCUCCCCAACAACCGCGUCCUCCGUCCCGGGACCCGCUAGACCGUCCCGUGAUCCAUUCGAUCCGCUCGCCGACUGGUCCCGUCUUGAUGGCCCCGAUGUCCACCUCGUACGGCUCUCCGUCCGCUUUCCGCGCUCAAUCCGGUGCGGACCGGCUGCGCUGGACCUCCGGGCAACACGAGGACUUCCAACCGGGACCACGCGCCAGCUCCGCCGCCAACAUCGACGCCCUCUUCGCGCCGAAAAAGGGACGGAGCCAGAGUUCGACGUCCGGAGUCGUUCCGCCGCCCUCCUCGCGAAUCGGAGCAUAUCCGGAAGGACCGACGAACGUGGUAUUCACGCGAAAAAGUAUGGAACCGAAGGAUUUUGGAGUCGUCGGAGCGUACUCGAACGAGCGGACAGAUCCGAUUUUGUACGGGGGACGGCACGGAUCCGUCAGGCAGCACUCGAACGAUUAUGAGUUGGACCCGCGGCUGAAUGUCACUUAUCCGCAGUUUUAUGUGGACGACUGGAAGGAGCGGCACCACUCGAACACACGCGACAACAGUCCCGGUACGGGUGUUCGGCAAACGCAUUUUUGCAGCGAUUUUUAAUUCUUGCAGGCUACCAACCGCGUGCGACCCGCCAAUCGCCCUCUUUCUCCUCCGCCCCUCCGAGUUAUCCGCAAAUGGGAACCAGGCCGAGAUACGGAUCAGACGCCACGCAUUCCAGGUAAUUCUUGGAGAAAACCGAGCAGAAAGCUCCGCGAAAAUCGAUUCGAGUCCAUAAUUGCUCGGCAGCGUGAACGACUCCCUCCUCCUGCGUUUCCCCUUGUUUCCGCUCUUUUCUUUAGCACCCCGAAAAUGAAAAUCUCAUUUCCCUCUUGCAAAAACAUCGAACAAGCACGCAUUCAGGAGCCUCAUUAGGGGCUCUCUCACUUGAGAGAAAUGAAAGAAAAAGAGCGGAGAGGACAGCGUUUUUCUCAGCUUUUUUAGGUCUAAAAUAAGCAAAUAAGUCUUUUCUCAGCCUUCUUCUAUGUUUUUGGUCAAAAAUGCGAUGUGUGACGUUUUGCAGCACGCGCCACGUGUACGAGGAGGUUCCGAUGAACGGAUACCGUAGUCCGGCGCCCGGAUACGGUAGGAGUACGGUAGCGGCGAAAGAGACGGCGAUUCUGGACGAUUACGACAAUGUGCCCAACGAGUUUCUGGUGGAUUUGCCCAAAAAAGUUAUUUUUGCAUUGGAGAUGCCAGAAUUCAUUAAUCUUCUCUCUCUUCUUCCAGAGCAAAGACGAAACGUCGAAUUUGGACGGAGAGUCGGCGAUUUACCAGCCGGGACGAUAUCAGCCCUGUUAG